AGGUCUGAAAGACAUCAUCUUUAAAGAUCACUUGUCCAUGUCAUCUUGUGACUCGGCUUGGAUCCUCCCACCAGGGAUACGGACUAUUUAUACCGCUCACAGCAUCCUGAGCCUUCUAGAGACACGCAAAUCUGAAAAUCAGGGAAUCUGAAGAUUUUUCACUUAGAGUGCCAGCUCGGAUUCUGGCUGCCACCAUGCCCCUGCUGGAAGAAAGUUCCCUCCCGAGGGACUAUACUCGAACUGUGCCAGUUGUCAUCAUUGGUAAUGGUCCCUCCGGUAUAUGCUUGUCAUACCUUCUGAGUGGGUAUACUCCUUAUUUGGAUCCAGUGGCUGUGCACCCAAACCCCAUCCUCUUUCGUAAACUACAAGAAGCCAAGCAGCUUCCCAUAACUGAACAGGAUUUGGAGUAUCUCUCUGAGGGUUUAGAGGGACGUUCAGGAAACACUUUGGCUGUGCUUUUUGACACACUCCUUCAUCCAAAUGCAGAUUUGGGCUUUGAGUCCCCCUCUGUACUGCAGUGGAGACUGGAAAAGAAACACCACAUUCCUCAUCUGGUUCUGGGCAAAGCCUCACCUGGUGGUGCCUGGCACGCAAUGGAGGGUUCAAUGCUGACAAUUAGUCUUGGGAUGUGGAUGGAGUUACCAGGUGUUAACUACAGAGAUUUGUCCCCAGGCAAGAGGAGGGGUGUGUCCAAUGAUCGAGCCACUCCAGAGGAGAUCUCUUCUUACUACAAAAACUAUGUCAAGCUCAUGGGCCUCCAGAAGAACUUUGUGGACAAUACCUAUGUGACCUCUGUUCAGAAACUCCACCGCAGUCAUGAAAACAGUCUUGGGAAUGAAAAAGGCACUAUAAAUAGUCAGAUCAAUUGUGUGGAAAAUGGGUUUGAUUACUGCCAUAAGAAUGGGACUGAGAAUGGUCAAAAUGGAGUGGUGAACAGUUUUAGUAAUGAGUUCAAAAAUGGAAUGGAGAAUAAUAGUAGAAGGGGUGAGAUUGAGGAGGAACAGGAUGAAAAUAAAAGAAGAAAAGGAGUGAAAGAGAGUAUUGGGGUUUCCCAAGGGUUUUCACAGGGACUCUGGGAGGUCAGGGGCUACCAACUGUUCCAAGGUGACACUCACGUCCCUUUUAGCCUAUUUGCUGAGAAUGUUGUCUUGGCAACAGGGGCAUCUGACUCGCCAGCUCGAUUAGGAGUAGAAGGGGAAGAUCUCCCUUUCGUGUUUCACAACGUUCAUGACCUCGGUGUUGCCGUCAGCUGCCAUGGCAGCCUGGGCCCUUUUUCUGAGCCUGUGCUGGUAGUGGGGGCAGGGCUUAGCGCAGCCGAUGCAGUGCUGUGUGCUCUGAACCAUGGGGUUUCUGUAUUGCAUGCCUUCCGUAAGCGUGCCGAUGACCCAGGUCUCAUCUUCAAACAGUUGCCAAAAACACUUUACCCAGAAUAUCACAGAGUUUAUCACAUGAUGUGCUCCCAGGCUUACCCAACAUCACCUGUUGCUAAUCCCUCAGCCCCUAGUCCAUCUCUGUUUCCAGAUUACACCAGCUUCCCUGAGCAUUGUGUGCUCUCUUUCCAGCCUGACAUGCACUGUGUGAUAAGGGGAUCCAACGGUGGUCUAAGAGCUUUCAAAGUCUCUAUGGUGCUAGUUCUGAUCGGGACCUAUCCCAAUCUAUUUUAUUUGAAGGAACAAGGGCAGUACCUCAGCUUGGAUCCCAGUAGGCCAAUCUCUUGCAGACAAAAUCCCAUCGACAUAAAUCCUUACACCUUUGAGUGCAAUGCUGAGCCUGGGCUCUUUGCCAUGGGUCCCCUUGUUGGUGACAACUUUGUACGCUUCUUGAAAGGUGGUGCUCUCGGUAUUGCUAGUUGUCUGCUCAGGAGACUGAAACAGAGGAUGAAGAAGAACAGGAAAUUGAUUGCCGAGGAUGGAGGGUGUGGAGAACGGGGAAGAGAAGGCAGUGGGGGAGGAGGAGGAUUUGUCUAAUGGUCCUAGAGAAGGUCAUGAUGGGAGGAGCCUUGGGAAACAUCUCUUUAUAUGCAUGUUGUAAAUAUGCAAUGUUCAACUGUCUUACCACAUAUAAAAGAAAUUACAUUGGUAAAAAUGAGCAGAUGCUAGUAGACAGAAUUUUUUCCCAACUGUGUUUUAGGCUGACUUCUUACAAAAAGGCUUUCACAGCUGAGGAAUAAUGUGCCAAUAUUUUAAGUGUCAAUUUUUAUUCAACAUUAAAGUAUGCUUUACCUCUUAUUGUUGCAUAUACUGUAAGUUGCCUUGGUGUUACUUGUAAUUAGUUAUCUGCUCUUGCAGAAAUUAAAUGAUAGACAGCGAAUUUAACAUUCUUGAUAUUAACAUUCUACAGUGCCUAAGUCAAGGAGUCUCAAGGCUAGGGUGUACUUUGCUUUUCCGCUUGCCACUACGUCUCGUGCAUGGUUCGGUGUUUUAGCUUUUCAAAGUGGAGUAGUUUGACCACAAGCCCCAAUGGACACGUUUGACGCUUGCACACUACGACUGCUUUUUGAUACUUUUAAGUAUCACUCCAGGCACAGGUGCAGAUGACAUUCACAGAUGUGUAUAAGUAUGCAAAGCUGCAAAAACUGGGUUGCGCGUACUGUGCUGAUGACAAAGUUUAUGUCACGUGCAUUCAGUGUUAAUUUUUACAGCUUUUUGUUUGUCCUAGUUUUAGUCUUUUGACGAACAUGUCCAUAUUCAUUAACUUAGUUUUACUCUUGACUAAAAUGGCAUAUCAUUUUAGUCAACGAAAAUAAAAUCUUUUGGUUAAUGAUAAUGUGAAGAAUGUGUCAAAAUGUAACAGACCAAACUUUAAUGAAAUAUUCAAAGAUUUAGAAAAAAUAAUUAUAAAUUUUUUCUUAUUUAAACAUGUAUAAAACAAAAGAUGGGCUACAUACAAAAUUCUGUACAGCUGUCCUUGUGAAAACAUGAGCUCCUGAAAUAAAAGCAAGUAAUGAAUAUACUGAAUUAUUAGGCUAUCUACUCUUUAGAAGUUAGCAUACUGUAUUCAGAAUUCCUCAUGCUUUAGAGACUGUUAUUAAUGUUUUGUGUUUAGCCAUUUUAGGAUAUUGCAUUGCGUGUAGUGUGUUUUUUAUGGAAACAGUAUAUCCACAACACAAGUUACAAAUAUUAUGGUUAGCACAUAACUUAGUUCAAGCACACCUGUUCUGUUUACUCAUUUCAUUGUCUGUGCAGAUUUAAGUUGUAAUAUUACAUAUGUUGUAGAUUUAGCGAUUAAUCUCAUGUAUAAAUUGAAUGCAUUUGAGCGAGGUAAUUAACCCUUUUUAAAGCGUUUAACUCGCGGCUCGAGAGGGGGAAUCCUCAACAUUCUGGAUUAGAUGAACAUUAUCUAAUAUCUUCAUCUAUAAAUAGAUGUUUAUUUUUCUGUUUAUAUCUUGCAGUAUUAUUUUUUCUUGUCAUUUUCGUCAACAGUUUGCUUUUGUUUUUUUCCCCCAAUUUGGAAUGCCCAAUUCCCAGUGCGCUUUUUAAUUCCUCGUGGUCGCGUUGUGAUUCGCCUCAAUCCGGAUGGCGGAGGACGAAUCCCAGUUGCCUCUGCAUUUGAGACCCAUCAAACUGCACAUUUUAUCAUGUGGCUUGUUGAGCCCUUUGCCACGGAGACAUAGCGCGUGUGGAGACUUCAUGCCAUCCACCGCGGCAUCUGCGCUCAACUUACCAUGCACCCCACCGAGAACGAACCACAUUAUAGCGACCACGAGGAGGUUGCCCCAUGUGACUCAACCCUCCCUAGCAACCGGGCUGGAGUCACUCAGCAUGCCCUGGGAUUCGAAUUAGUGAACUAGCAAACUUGCGAACUCCAGGGGUGGUAGCCAGCGUAUUUCAUCACUGAGCAUACACCCCCACCCCCAAGCAUGUUUAUAGUCAAGCUGCAUCUUUCUCGUCUCGUAUUCGUAAACGUUGAUGAAAUAAAUAACCCUUAGUCAACUAACGUUUUUGUCAGUGAUUUUGACGAGAUUAACUGCGCUCAUUGUCUGAGAUGCAGCAGCAUGAGGGAAAUUGAAGCAUAUACUUGCAUAGCCUUCACACUGAGCUGCAUAAGAAUACAAUAUAUCCUUAUAGAACAGUAACUUUCAAAGUCCCAGUUUUUGCAAAUUACGACUGCACAGAAAAGUAUUACUGUGAAAUACUAAUGAACGCACAAGUACUGCAUAUUAAUACGCACACAAUAAAAAAAUAAAAAUAAACUUUAUCUAAUGGAUUUUGUUGCCUCAAAUGUAAUAAUUAAUGCACAUGGCUUACCCCAAAUCUCUUAAGUGUCCUCUUUAAACUCUGUCCAACUGUAUAUGUAUUAUUUAGAAGAAAUAAUAGCACUUUAAAUACAAGAUGCAAGGAACACCCCUUCUACUCAGUGCUUCACAAGCACCCAAGUAUGCUAAACGGGCUCCUAAGAUAAUUGUGAACUGUAAACUGUGUGUGAUAAUGUAGAAGAGCUGAUGCAAUGUGACACUACAGCAAUACUUUAGAGCCGUGAUCUCCACUAGACAAGGCAGGUCUUUAGAGGGAUUAGGCCUACUACUAAAAGACAAGGAAGAAAAGGGGAGGCCACACUGUAAGAGCUGUGUAUAUCUUAGUAGUUCAUUUUUCCAUAAAACAAGAUUUAAACAUACCUUGUUCUUUCACCAGUAACCUAAAUAAAAAAUUAAGUGCCAAACCACAGAAAUGCAUUCAGUCAUUUAUACAGUUGAAGUCAGAAGUUUACAGACACUUAGGUUGAAGUCAUUAAAAAACUAUUUUUAACCACUCCACAGAUUUAAUAUUAGCAAACUAUAGUAUUGUCGUUUAGGACAUCUACUUUGUGCAUGACACAAGUAAUUUUUCCAACAAUUGUUUACAGACAGAUUGUUUCACUUUUAAUUGACUAUAUCACAAUACCAGUGGGUCAGAAGUUUACAUUCACUAAGUUAACUAUGCCUUUAAGCGCUUGGAAAAUUCCAGAAAAUUAUGUCAAGCCUUUAGACAAUUAGCCAUUUAGCUUCUGAUAGGAGAUGUACUGAAUUGGAGGUGUCCCUGUGGAUUUAUUUUAAGGCCUACCUUCAAACUCAGUGCCUCUUUGCAUGACAUCCUGGGAAAAUUGUGGACCUCCACAGGUCUGGUUCAUCCUUAGGAGCAAUUUCCAAACGCCUGAAGGUACAACGUUCAUCUGUACAAACAAUAGUACCCAAGUAUAUACACCAUGAGACCACGCAGCCAUCAUACCGCUCAGGAAGGAGACGCAUUCUGUCUCCUAGAGAUGAACACAGUUUCCUGUAUCGACAUAACCUGAAAGGCUGCUCAGCAAGGAAGAAGCCACUGCUCCAAAACCGCCAUAAAAAUGCCAGACUACAGUUUGCAGGUGCACAUGGGGACAAAGAUCUUACUUUUUGAGAAAUUUCCUCUGGUCUAAUGAAACAAAAAUGUAACUGUUUGGCCAUAAUGACCAUUGUUAUGUUUGGAGGAAAAAGGGUGAGGCUUGCAAGCCGAAGAACACCAUCCCAACUGUGAAGAAUGGGGGAGGCAGCACCAUGUUGUGGGGGUGCUUUGCUGCAGGAGGGACUGGUGCACUUCACAAAAUAGACUGCAUCAUGAGGAAGGAAAAUGAUGUGGAUAUAUUGAAUGGGUCUUCCAAAUGGACAGUGACCAAGCAUACAUCCAAAGUUGUGGCAAAAAUGGCUUAAGGACAACAAAGUCAAGGUAUCUGAGUGGCCAUCAAAAAGCCCUGACCUCAAUUCGAUUGUUUGUGGGCAGAACUGAGAACUGAAAAAGCAUGUGCGAGCAAGGAGGCCUAGAAACCUGACUCAGAUACACCAGUUCUGCCUGGAGGAAUGGGCCAAAAUUCCAGCAACUUGUUUUGAGAAGCUGGUAGAAGGCUACCCAAAACGUUUGACCCAAGUUAAACAAUUUAAAGGCAAUGCUACCAAAUACUAACAAAGUGUAUGUACAUUUCUGACCCACUGGGUAUGUUAUGAAAGAAAUAAAAGCUGAAAUAAAUCAUUCUCUCUACUAUUAUUCUGACAUUUCACAUUCUUAAAAUACAGUAGUGAUCCUAACUGACCUAAGACAGGGAAUGUUUUCUAUGAUUAAAUGUCAGGAAUUGUAAAAAAAAUAUUUUAAAUGUAUUUGGCUUAGGUGUAUGUAAACUUCUGACUUCAACUGUAGUUCAUGACCAUGGUGUUUUUAAGUUAAGGUCAUUUCUAAAAUUGAUAAUGUAGAAAUCUGAAUCUGUUCAGUUGAAUUGAUAACCUUGUUCUGGACUUACUUCUGUUUAAUCUAGCAUGUUUUAGAGACUUACUAACAGCAUAAAACAGUGAAACUUUUUAUUUGAAACAACUCUGUUGUGCCAAAUAAAUGUAAGGAACAUUUGAAUUUGCAUUAAGUUUUUACAUCAGCCAUUCAUAUUGUAAGUCUAGACUGCUGCUGAAGAAAUCUGAAAAUCAUGAUCAGAGGUACAGUGGUCACCCUGAACCCAAACUUUAGGAUGUCAAAACUGAUCUGUAAUAAAUUAAGUCAGCAGUCCUUUAACUCAAAGCAGAAUGGUUGACAGUAAGAACAUGAAGUUGCUUCACACACAAGGUGGAUGCAAUAUUGGAGUAAAGGUAAAAAAUGUGACUGCUCAAUUUUAUAAACCUUUAAACUUUUAAUAUACAUGUUUUGUACACUGUAUUUUUUAUUAUAGACAA